UGUUUGACACACAUAUACCAGCAUGUAACACAGUUAGUCGUGUAGGUUAGUUUGUGUUGUAAGUUAUACGUUUGUGUCGUAUAUUAACUUUUCAUACUAUUGCAGAAUACGGUAGGUUGUUGUUGCUUUCUAGCACUAAAACACCAGCUCGACAUUGCUGGCUGGCUGUGUAGCAACAUAAGAGUUGAAAGCUAACCCACAGAGGACACAAUCAUGGCUUACAGGCAGAUACUGAAAGCUUUACACAGCAGUCUUCAACAGACAGCGACUCAGUACGCAGUGCACACAUGCAAACUGUCACAGGUUAGCAUGCUUGUCCACACACACAGGACAGUAUCAACAGUGGCGAGGCUGAGCUUUCACAGAGGAGUCCAGACACCUUGGUCUGUGCUGCCAGUACUGAGCUGCUUCGUGCAGGCGCAGACACGGAGGGGCAUUUCUCUGCACUCUGCUGCCAGAAACCAAAGCAGUCCUGAGGAGAGAGACAAAUCAGUCUCCAGGUAUCAGAGUGGGAGCCCAAAGCCUUCAGCUGCACAGAAAGUGAAGGAUGCUGGCCGCGACUUCACCUACCUGAUAGUUGUACUUAUCGGGCUUGGAGUGACAGGUGGUCUGUUAUAUGUGGUCUUCCAGGAGCUGUUUUCCACCUCGAGCCCAAAUAAAAUCUAUGGGAAAGCUUUCAACAAAGUCAAGUUGCACCCAGAGGUUAUUGGUGCCUUUGGAGAACCAAUAAAGUGUUACGGUGAGACAACCCGCAGAGGAAGGAGACAGCAAGUCAGUCAUUUGGAGUACCUAAAGGAUGGACUGAAGCACAUGAGACUUAAGUUUUACAUCGAAGGCUCGGAGCCAGGUCUCAAAGGAACUGUACAUUCAGAGUCUAAAGAGAAUGUUGAAACUGGAAAAUAUGAAUUCCGUUACAUAUUUGUGGACAUAGACACCUACCCAAGACGGACCAUCAUUGUGGAAGAUAACCGAUAAGAAAAACAAAGGACUCAGUCUCUCAGAAGUGUAUUUCAUUGAUAGUGUGAAGAAUGUGUCUUUUUAAAGUGGGUUUGUGUUAUUUCUAAAAAUUGCUGAAGGUGUAAAUUCAACUUUAAUUUACAAUAAAAAGCUGUUAUAGAUAUCAACAAUUAAGACUGAUUUCAAUUUUGAGACAACAGUAUGCUGACCAGCAUUUGGUGAAGAGCUUUGCAAAGCAGUAUCUUUCAAUGACAUAAAAUAAUUUGACUAUGAUUGUUACUGUUCUAUAAAUCAUACAAAUGCAUGUGUACAUGUGCUACAAAUAUGGUUUCAGUGGCAGGGAUAAAUACACAUAUUGAGGAUACAACAGCUGUUUUUUGUUUACCAAAAGAUCACCUGGAUUUUGAAGCAACUAAUCAAAUGUUCUUACAAGGUAUGAAAUACCUUUUUGAAAUUGUAAUAAAUAAAUAAA